GCUACUCCAGUCUAAAUCCAUUGAAAUCCAUGGGCUUAAACAGAAGUAACUCUGCUGUGUGUGGCUUUUAGCUGUGUAGAUGCCACUGGAGAUAUGAAAUAAGGUGCACAAAUAAGCACCGAAAAUUAAUUAUUUCUUCAGUGUGGUACAAUGGGUGCCAAUGAAUCUGGAGAAAUCAACACCCAAGAGGCCUAUAACUGGUACAACAAAUUUAUGAAGGAUUGCCCAUCCGGGCAAUUGAGCCUGUAUGAAUGCAAGAGCUUUCUGAGUUUGCAUGGUAUGAAUUCAGAGGCAGAAUAUUAUGUUGAUCAAGUGUUCAAUACUUUUGACUUGAAUAAGGAUGGCUUUAUUGACUUCUUGGAAUUUAUAGCCGCAAUAAAUCUCAUUAUACGAGGGAAAAUUGACCAAAAAUUGAAAUGGUAUUUUAAGCUAUAUGAUGCUGAUGGAAAUGGAUUUAUUGAAAAAAGAGAACUUUUAAAAAUAUUCAGGGCUGUUCAGGCUAUCACAGGCUACUGUGAUACAACUCCUGAAGAGUUCACAGAGAUGGUAUUCAAGAAGGUUGAUGUCAACCAUGAUGGAGAACUCUCUUUAGAAGAAUUUAUCAAUGGUGUAGAGAGUGAUGGGGAUCUUUUCAGAAUGAUUUCAAAGAUCUUUGACCUUUCCAAUGUACUGAAAAUUAUACAAUGCGGGAGAAAAAACACAGUGUCUGGGAGUUUGGAACCUUAAGAGAAACUUGUAAAAAUAACCACUACAACAAACCUAUUAAAUACCUACAGAAGAUUUUACUUCAUAUCCGCUACUCAAAAUAAGAAGACACAAAAGAGAAGUCAUUUCAUACAUCUUUCAAGUUCUGCAAUUUUUCCCACCUCUGAAUAUGGAUUCUACAAAUUGUUGUCCACAUGCAUCAUAAAAAGCUGUUUAGUACUGCAGAAAACAACACUAUCAACAUUUGUAAUGGGGUGAAGGACACCACAUACACAACACAACAAAAAUGGAUUAAAUUGCUGAAUUGCUUUUUAAAGUACUGGCUGUUUAACCUGCAAUUAAGAGAGCAGUGAUAAACGCCUAAAUUGGGCUGGUUUCCAACUAGAUCAAAUAAGGGCAAUGCACAUUUUGCAUUAACUUAAUAUUUG